GAUUCCGAACCACAUCAGGCCUGGACUCAGCAGUGGAUCCUGUCCAGAUGAAGAAUGUCACCUUUGAGCAUGUGAAGGGUGUGGAGGAGGCCAAGAAUGAGCUGCAGGAGGUGGUGGAGUUCCUCCGGAACCCACAGAAGUUCACUGUUUUGGGAGGAAAGCUGCCUAAAGGAAUCUUGUUGGUUGGGCCUCCAGGUACAGGAAAGACCCUGUUGGCCCGCGCUGUGGCAGGUGAGGCAGAUGUGCCAUUCUACUAUGCAUCUGGCUCUGAGUUCGAUGAGAUGUUUGUUGGUGUUGGUGCCAGUCGAAUCAGAAACCUUUUUAGGGAAGCUAAAGCUAACGCUCCUUGUGUUAUCUUCAUUGAUGAGCUGGAUAGUGUUGGAGGAAAGAGGAUUGAGUCCCCUAUGCACCCCUAUUCUAGACAGACAAUCAAUCAGCUUCUAGCAGAGAUGGAUGGGUUCAAGCCAAAUGAAGGUGUCAUCAUAAUUGGAGCAACAAACUUCCCUGAAGCUUUGGAUAAUGCUCUGAUCCGGCCAGGCCGUUUUGAUAUGCAGGUCACUGUCCCCAUACCAGAUGUGAAGGGCCGCACUGAAAUCCUCAAGUGGUACCUUAAAAAAAUUAAAGUCGACACUGCUGUGGAGGCAGAGAUCAUUGCUAGAGGAACGGUGGGGUUCUCUGGAGCCGAUCUGGAGAAUCUUGUUAAUCAGUCCGCACUAAAGGCAGCUGUGGAUGGUAAAGACAUGGUGACCAUGAAGGAGUUGGAGUUUGCUAAGGACAAAAUACUGAUGGGGCCAGAACGCAGGAGUGCAGAGAUUGACAAGAAGAAUAAAGAGAUCACAGCGUACCACGAGUCAGGCCAUGCUAUUAUUGCAUACUACACCAAAGGUGCCAUGCCCAUAAAUAAAGCCACUAUUAUGCCGAGAGGCCCAACUUUGGGUCAUGUAUCCAUGCUCCCAGAGAAUGACCGCUGGAGUGAAACUCGUGCUCAACUUCUGGCCCAGAUGGACGUCAGCAUGGGCGGCCGAGUGGCUGAAGAGCUCAUCUUUGGCAGUGAGAAUAUCACCACUGGAGCAUCAAGUGAUUUUGACAGCGCUACAAAAAUAGCCAAAAUGAUGGUGACCAGAUUUGGCAUGAGUGAAAAGUUGGGUGUCAUGACAUAUGCUGACCUCACCAAGCAGAGCCCAGAAACUCAGGCAGCCAUUGAACAUGAAGUCAGGAUACUUCUGAGGGAUUCCUACGAGCGUGCUAAAGCCCUCCUGAAGUCUCGUGCUAAGGAGCACAAAAAUCUUGCUGAGGCUUUACUGCAGUAUGAGACAUUGGAUGCCAAAGAGAUCCAGCUGGUCUUAGAGGGAAAGACAUUAGAAAGCAGAUGAGGGCUCACCAGGGACUUCAGGCAGCAGGGAAAGGACAAUGAAACUCUAAAAGACAUGAAUGUACAUAUGCAACCAAGAGCUUGGUAGGCCGACACUCCCCAUUGGUAAAGAUGUAUUUUUUCCUGAGCCAGAUCUCUAAAAUUAGUUUCAGUUUUACAUGCUUGGGAUUUUCUUCCAAAUAAAUUGUUUGUUAACUCAUUUAGUAUCUAUUUAAGUGUUUUUCUGUACCAUUGACUUUAGGGUGCUGCCUUAUUUGAAGUGGAGCAGAAGACAAUUUUGAAUAAAUCAUUAAGCUGUAAGCACCAGUCCAGUUUACUAUAAAGUUAGGAACAAAUUGCUGUUCACUGUUUCUGACACCGUUGUCUGAGCCAGGCUGAGCAUAUGUUUCAUGGUGACCUUUGAGAAAUGUAUGGGAAUAUAUUUUUCACUGAGGGAAUAUAUCGAAGCACUUUGGUACUGGGACAUUUAUGUUUGUUUGUGUGAUGCAUAUCAUAAUAUCGGCUUGUGAACAAUGCUGCUUCAAAAAGAUUUAGUCACAGCAAGUCAAUACAUCAGAACCCCAGUAUGUUGUUAGAUAAACUUUAUGACAAGAAAUCAGUG